GUCAACAUCGUGCACAUUAUAAACAAACAUUAAAGUGCAAUUUCUAUAAUAUAGAUAUAUUAUAUUUAUAAUAUAAAGUUAUACAAAAACAUCUGUUAAAAACCAGUAUUUUCUGAUAAAAGUUCUACCUCGUUUUUUACAUACAAUAUUUCUAUUACGCUAUUUCCUACUUUAAUCAUUCAGGAAACAAUUUUUUAUUGUGAAUAAUUGUUAUGACACUACUUUCCUGGUAAAAUGUUUAGAAGAAAACAACCUAAUAAGGCUAAACUCGAACAUAAAUUAUAUUUGGCUAGAGAAAAUCCAGAACCAGUGUUUGAUCUUUCAGAGUGUGACAUACACAAUGUCCCCAGUGGUAUUUAUUCACUCUGCAGGGUGUUUUUAAAAGAAUCGCUAAGAUUAGAAAAUAAUAGCUUGUCUUCUCUAAAUGGGGGAGGAAGUUUAAAAGAUCUCUAUGUAUUGAAGAUAUUAAAUUUGAAUAAUAAUUUAUUUAGCCAUCUACCUGAUGAUAUUGGCUUACUUACAAACUUAGAGGAACUUUAUGUAUCCAACAACCAUUUAAAAAAACUAUGUGGAGGAGUUUGUACUUUAAAAAAACUGAGAGUGCUUGAUCUUUCCAAAAAUCAAUUGAAAGUUUUACCUGAGGACUUGGGAAAUCUAGGGUCAUUACGAAAAUUCAAUGGAACUAGUAAUAAGUUAAAACAUUUACCAAAGAGUAUUUAUAAAUGGAGAAAAAUUCAAAUGCUAGAUAUUGAUGCAGAUGAAUAUGUGUAUCCACCUAGAUCUAUCGCUGCCCAAGGAUUGACAUCCAUCAUGCAGUUUAUAUCUAAAGAUGUUGGUGUUUCGUUUUCACCUGAAGAAGAUGAAGUUGAUGCAGAGGAGGACAAACAUUCCCCUGUUGAAGAUCCUAGCGAUUCGGUCCAAGAAAAAAUAUGGGAGCUAGCAAACAUUAAGCAACAAAAAAUGAAAGAAUUUUUGGAAAUAGAAAAAUUAAAUGAAGUUAUGAUGAGACAGGAGCUGGAAUAUGCUAACACUUCGAAGUUAAAUAGAGACAAACUUCUGGCAGUUCUGGUACAACAACAAGACAUCUUUGAUCACGAAUUAAGUAAAAUACACCAAGAGAAAGAAUUUGAAAGGUUUAGGUUAAUAGAACAGCUACAGGAAGUUGAACAAAAUGCUGAUAUUGCAAUUCAAGAGUUACUAGCCUUAAAUAAUGAACCACUUAGUCAAUUGUUGGAACAAGAAAAACUCGAGGAAGAGAAAUUGCUUUCCGCUAUUAACCGUUACAAUGAAGCUUUAAGGAAAGAUGAUAUUUUAGCAGCUAUGCAAGAUAUUUUGGCACAGGAAACGGCAAAAUUUAAGGAGUUUCACGAAAGCAGGCUUGAAACGUCGAAGAGUAUAUUAGAACAAGAAACAGAGAUAGAUUCAAAAUUAAUAGAAGUUCUACAAAAUCAAGAUGAUCAUAAAGUAGAGCUUAUCAAUAAAUUAAUUAUUGAUAAUGACUUACAAAAGGCAGCUGUAGGAACUUUACUCGAACGAGGAGAUGCGAGAAGUUGGGGUUUGUUGCAACAGAUUAGGUUGGUCGAGGCUCAAUUAGCCGCUCUAACAAGAAUAGAAAUCGAUAGAAAGAAGCUAGAAAUGGAUGAGCACCUGAAUGACUUGUGUGUAAAGAGAUGCAAUUUGUCAAUGUUACUAAUCGAUUUGUUGGAACAACAGAAAGAAAGACGAGCGCAAUUAAUUUCUACACUUCAAGUGAUGGAGGAAAGCCACAGCGAGAGUAUUGAGGACUUUUGGCUCAGACAAUAUCAAAGACUUUUGGAUAAGUUACCUGAAGGAUUAUCUCACGCACAGAAAAACAUUGAUCCAUCUUUAGCACAAGCUUUAUUACUAAAUGGAGUAAUUCACUGCCUUCCGUUUUUAGCUAAACUUACCCAAAGCCAAUGUGAUACGCGAUUUAUAUCAGAAGACGAUUUGUUAACAGCUGGAGUAACAUGUAGUGACGAACGAAGAAAAAUCUUGGAUGCCUUUGAAAUGUAUGAAAGACAGAAGAAAAUACUUGGCUGUGAUGAUACAUGCGCUUCUGCCCCACCACAACCUGUUGAAGAAGCUAGUGCUCCAAUUCCAGAAAAUAUUAAAGCAAUUAGCAGUUCGGAAUGUGUGAUAUGUUUGGAUUUAGAGUGUCAAAUAAUAUUCGUGCCAUGUGGUCAUCUUUGCUGUUGCUGUGACUGCUCAGUUCCAAUUUCUGAUUGUCCGCUUUGUAGAGUUGCGAUUGAUCGAAAAAUUACACUCGUUUUAUAGUAAACAUCUAACCAAAAGUUCUUCCAGCAAAUAUUUGAUAAUUAUUAACUAAAUUUUAAUAUUAAACUGCUUUAAUC